UGAAGAAUUUCGCUCUUGGCAGUCUUCUCCGCCCUUCCCUAUAGUUUGCAGCACAUUCCUUUGCCUUUCCCUGGGAAUGACUUUCCUUUUUUAGAAGCGGCUUCUACUUUUUUGCAGAAAGUGCAAGCUGCAGAUCGGAAACCUUCAGAUAACAAAACCUAGCGGGUCUUUUUUUUUCCGUUUUCUGCUCAAUGUGAGGAGAUGAGUGAGUUUGAUUUUGCUGCCAUUCACCCAAACCGUUUCACUGUCAGAAGAGAUACUUUUAAAUUGAAACGUCUUAACAGGUGUUAGAGCUGUUUAAUACAUGGCUCAUAGACCAAGGGAAGAUUAUUUGAAUUUGUCUCCGUGCAUUUUUACUUGGUACCAUACUUUUUCUGAAUUGGCAUUUCAUGGAGAAAAACUCAGUCGUUCAGCAUCUGAAGAAGCUUCUGGUUCAGACUCCGGCAGCCAGUCGGAGAGUGAGCAAGGCAGUGAUCCAGGAAGUGGACAUGGCAGCGAGUCCAAUAGCAGCUCCGACUCUUCAGAGAGUCCGUCAGACUCGGAGAGCGAAUCGGCAGGAUCCAAAUCCCAGCCAGUCCUUCCAGAAGCCAAAGAGAAGCCAGCCUCUAAGAAGGAACGGAUAGCUGAUGUGAAGAAGAUGUGGGAAGAAUAUCCUGAUGUUUAUGGGGUUAGGCGGUCAAACCGAAGCAGACAAGAACCAUCACGAUUUAAUAUUAAGGAGGAGGCAAGUAGCGGGUCUGAGAGUGGGAGCCCAAAGAGAAGAGGCCAGAGGCAGCUGAAAAAACAAGAAAAAUGGAAACGGGAGCCCUCAGAAGAUGAACAGGAGCAAGGCACCAGUGCAGAGAGUGAGCCAGAGCAGAAAAAAGUGAAAGCCAGAAGACCUGUCCCCAGAAGAACAGUGCCCAAACCUCGUGUUAAAAAACAGCCUAAAACUCAGCGUGGAAAGAAAAAAAAGCAAGAGUCUUCCGAUGAUGAUGAUGAUGACGAUGAAGCUCCCAAAAGGCAGACUCGUCGCAGAGCUGCCAAAAACGUUAGUUACAAAGAAGACGAAGACUUUGAGACGGAUUCAGACGACCUCAUCGAAAUGACUGGGGAAGGUGUUGACGAACAGCAGGAUAACAGUGAGACUAUUGAGAAGGUCUUAGAUUCCAGGCUGGGCAAGAAAGGAGUCACUGGAGCUUCUACUACUGUAUACGCGAUUGAAGCAAAUGGAGACCCCAGUGGUGACUUUGACCCUGAAAAGGAUGAAGGUGAAGUCCAGUACCUCAUCAAGUGGAAGGGUUGGUCUUACAUCCAUAGCACGUGGGAGAGUGAAGAAUCCUUGCAGCAACAGAAAGUGAAGGGCCUAAAAAAACUCGAGAACUUCAAGAAGAAAGAGGAUGAGAUCAAGCAAUGGUUAGGGAAAGUUACUCCUGAAGAUGUGGAAUAUUUCAACUGCCAACAAGAGCUAGCCUCAGAGUUGAACAAACAGUAUCAGAUAGUAGAAAGAGUCAUAGCUAUGAAGACAAGCAAGUCUACAUUGGGUCAAACAGAUUUUCCAGCACAUAGUCGGAAGCCGGCACCUUCGAAUGAACCUGAAUAUUUGUGCAAAUGGAUGGGACUGCCCUACUCAGAGUGCAGCUGGGAAGACGAAGCCUUGAUUGGAAAGAAAUUCCAGAGCUGCAUCGACAGCUUCCAGAGUCGGAACAACUCAAAAACCAUCCCGACUAGAGAGUGCAAGGCCCUGAAACAGAGACCACGAUUUGUGGCUUUAAAGAAACAGCCGGCAUAUUUAGGAGGGGAGAAUCUGGAACUCCGCGAUUAUCAGCUAGAAGGUCUCAACUGGCUUGCUCAUUCCUGGUGCAAAAGUAACAGUGUAAUCCUUGCUGAUGAAAUGGGCCUAGGAAAGACCAUCCAGACCAUAUCGUUCCUCUCCUACCUGUUCCACCAACACCAGCUGUAUGGCCCCUUUCUUAUAGUCGUCCCUUUAUCCACCCUCACCUCAUGGCAGAGGGAGUUUGAAAUCUGGGCACCAGAGAUUAACGUAGUGGUUUACAUAGGUGACCUGAUGAGCAGAAAUACGAUACGGGAAUAUGAAUGGAUUCAUUCUCAGACCAAAAGGCUGAAGUUCAAUGCACUCAUAACAACAUACGAGAUCCUAUUAAAAGAUAAGACUGUGCUGGGCAGUAUUAACUGGGCCUUUCUGGGAGUGGAUGAAGCCCAUCGGUUGAAGAAUGAUGACUCUUUAUUAUAUAAAACUCUGAUUGAUUUCAAGUCCAACCAUAGGCUCCUGAUUACGGGGACCCCUCUUCAGAAUUCCCUCAAAGAGCUCUGGUCCUUGCUGCACUUUAUUAUGCCGGAGAAGUUUGAGUUUUGGGAAGAUUUCGAAGAAGACCAUGGGAAAGGGAGAGAGAAUGGCUACCAGAGUCUUCAUAAGGUGCUAGAGCCUUUCCUUCUCCGGAGAGUCAAAAAGGAUGUGGAGAAAUCUCUUCCUGCCAAAGUGGAGCAGAUUCUCAGGGUAGAGAUGUCAGCCCUUCAGAAACAGUAUUACAAGUGGAUUCUGACCAGGAAUUACAAGGCUCUUGCCAAAGGAACAAGGGGCAGCACAUCCGGCUUCCUUAAUAUUGUGAUGGAACUGAAAAAAUGCUGCAACCACUGCUACUUGAUUAAAGCCCCGGAGGAGAACGAGAGGGAAAAUGGGCAGGAGAUCCUUCUGUCCCUGAUCAGGAGCAGCGGAAAGCUGAUUCUAUUAGAUAAGCUGUUGACAAGACUUCGCGAAAGGGGGAACAGAGUCCUCAUCUUCUCACAGAUGGUGAGGAUGUUGGAUAUCCUGGCCGAGUACCUGACUAUUAAACACUAUCCUUUCCAGCGUCUGGAUGGUUCCAUCAAGGGAGAAAUCCGAAAACAGGCGCUGGACCACUUCAAUGCAGAUGGGUCUGAGGACUUCUGUUUCCUGCUCUCGACAAGGGCUGGUGGCCUGGGAAUCAAUUUGGCUUCAGCGGACACAGUCGUCAUCUUUGACUCUGACUGGAACCCCCAGAACGACUUGCAGGCACAAGCCCGAGCCCAUAGAAUCGGCCAGAAGAAGCAGGUAAAUAUUUAUCGCUUGGUUACAAAGGGGACCGUGGAGGAAGAGAUCAUAGAAAGGGCCAAAAAGAAGAUGGUAUUGGACCAUCUGGUGAUUCAGCGCAUGGACACCACUGGCCGGACGGUCCUUGAAAACAACUCUGGAAGGUCCAAUUCAAAUCCUUUUAAUAAAGAAGAGCUGACAGCUAUUUUGAAAUUUGGGGCAGAGGAUCUCUUCAAAGAGCUUGAAGGGGAGGAGUCAGAGCCUCAGGAAAUGGAUAUAGAUGAAAUUUUGCGCUUGGCUGAAACCAGAGAGAACGAAGUGUCAACAAGUGCAACAGACGAGCUUCUGUCACAAUUUAAGGUUGCCAACUUCGCAACAAUGGAAGAUGAAGAGGAGCUGGAAGAGCGUCCUCAUAAGGACUGGGAUGAGAUCAUUCCGGAGGAGCAAAGGAAGAGAGUAGAGGAGGAAGAGCGGCAGAAGGAGCUGGAAGAAAUUUACAUGUUGCCUCGAAUUCGGAGUUCCACGAAAAAGGCUCAGACCAAUGACAGUGACUCUGACGCCGAGUCGAAGAGGCAGGCCCAGAGAUCCUCUGCUUCUGAGAGCGAGACGGAUGACUCUGACGAUGAGAAGAAGCCUAAGCGUCGAGGGCGCCCCCGGAGCGUGCGGAAGGACCUCGUAGAGGGAUUCACGGACGCGGAGAUCCGCAGGUUCAUCAAAGCAUAUAAGAAGUUUGGCCUCCCUCUUGAACGGCUGGAGUGCAUAGCACGUGACGCUGAGCUGGUUGAUAAGUCUGUCGCGGAUCUGAAGCGCCUGGGGGAGCUGAUUCACAACAGCUGUGUGUCAGCCAUGCAGGAAUAUGAAGAACAGCUCAAAGAAAAUGCCAGCGAGGGGAAAGGACCAGGGAAAAAGAGAGGCCCAACAAUCAAGAUAUCUGGGGUUCAGGUUAAUGUGAAAUCCAUUAUACAGCAUGAAGAAGAGUUUGAGAUGCUGCAUAAAUCUAUUCCUGUGGACCCUGAAGAAAAAAAAAAGUACUGCCUGACGUGUCGUGUCAAAGCUGCACAUUUCGACGUAGAGUGGGGAGUGGAGGAUGAUUCUCGCCUCCUGCUGGGAAUUUACGAACAUGGUUAUGGGAACUGGGAGCUGAUUAAAACGGAUCCAGAGCUUAAGUUAACCGACAAAAUUCUGCCCGUGGAGACAGAUAAAAAGCCUCAGGGGAAGCAGCUGCAGACCCGAGCAGACUACUUGCUGAAGCUGCUCAGGAAGAGUCUGGAGAAGAAGGGGGCCGUGUCGGGCGGGGAAGAGGAUGAUGGCUUAGAAAAAAGUCCAAUGAAAAAGAAACAGAAGAAGAAAGAGAACAAGGAGAACAAGGAGAAACAAAUGAGUUCUAGGAAAGAAAAAGAGGGGGACAAGGAAAGGAAGAAGUCGAAAGAUAAGAAAGAGAAGCCUAAAGGUGGUGAUGCCAAAUCUUCAAGUAAAUCAAAGCGAUCUCAGGGUCCUGUCCAUAUUACAGCAGGAAGUGAACCUGUCCCCAUUGGCGAGGAUGAGGACGAUGAUCUGGACCAGGAGACGUUCAGCAUAUGUAAGGAGAGGAUGAGGCCCGUGAAAAAGGCACUGAAACAGCUGGACAAACCCGAUAAGGGGCUCAACGUGCAAGAACAGCUGGAGCACACCCGGAACUGCCUGCUGAAAAUUGGAGACCGCAUAGCCGAGUGCCUUAAAGCUUACUCAGACCAGGAGCACGUCAAACUGUGGAGGAGGAACCUAUGGAUUUUUGUUUCCAAGUUUACAGAAUUUGAUGCUCGAAAAUUGCAUAAGUUAUACAAGAUGGCUCAUAAGAAAAGAUCUCAAGAAGAGGAGGAGCAGAAGAAGAAGGAUGACGUGAUUGGUGGUAAGAAGCCAUUUCGACCGGAGGCAUCGGGCUCAAGCCGGGAUUCCCUGAUGUCUCAGCCCCACACCCCACACAGCCUUCACCCUCAGAAGUCUCAUCUGCCUGCCUCCCAUGGCCCACAGAUGCAUGGACACCCAAGAGAUAACUAUAAUCACCCCAACAAGAGACACUUCAGCAAUGCAGACCGAGGGGACUGGCAGAGGGAGAGGAAGUUCAGCUAUGGUGGCGGCAACAACAACCCGUCGUGGGGCAGUGACAGGCACCAUCAGUAUGAGCAGCACUGGUACAAGGACCAUCACUACGGGGACCGGCGACAUGUGGACAGCCACCGUUCUGGGAGCUACCGGCCCAACAACCUGUCCCGAAAGAGGCCCUAUGACCAGUACAGCAGCGACCGAGACCACCGGGGACACAGAGAUUAUUAUGACAGGCACCAUCAUGAGUCCAAGCGGAGGAGAUCUGAUGAAUUUAGGCCUCAGAAUUACCACCAGCAGGAUUUCCGGCGGAUGUCUGAUCACCGCCCCCCCAUGGGCUACCACGGCCAGGGACCCUCAGACCAUUACCGCUCCUUCCACACAGACAAACUGGGGGAGUAUAAACAGCCCCUGCCCCCACUGCACCCGGCGGUCUCAGACCCUCGCUCGCCCCCUUCGCAGAAAUCGCCUCAUGAUUCCAAGUCACCCCUGGAUCAUAGGUCUCCUUUGGAGAGAUCCCUAGAACAGAAAAACAACCCAGAUUAUAACUGGAAUGUUCGGAAAACAUAAAGGACAGCUCGGAACCGAGGGGAGAGCAAGAGUCAUUAAGCACCUGGAUAUUUUUGGUCUGAUCCAAUAGGAGCCGGUUACCUAGACCAGUAAGUGGAGUUUCUGGACACGCUGCUGCCGUCAGCUCGCCGGCCGAGGGGGCCCUUGAGGGAGUGGGGUGCGUCCGUUCGGUCCGGCUUUGAUGUUGUCGCGACUCCGGCACCCACCCCACUGCAGCCUGGCUUCGGCCUCCCGCUGGGACGGGUGCUCGGAGGCACAGGGGACUUGGUGCCAGCUCCACGGGCUGUGCUUCCCCGGGGCAGGAAGAAGGGAUCCCAGAGUCACGCGUGUUUCCUCGCCAGGGCCGGUGCCCGCAGGACCUGGGCGCGGUGGUCAGGGGAGGAAUGCGCGCGUGACAGCUGCGGGACCCCUGGAGGGCGCGUGGUUUGGUUCACUGUGACGCGACGCUGCUGCUGAUGGGGGCGCAUGGGGACGAGCAUCACGGGACUUGGAGGGGAGCAGGCCCGCCCCUCAAGUAUGUUCUUGGGAGAAAUGAUACAUUUGGGCCUCACUGUGUGACACCUGUGGUGCAGGGCUUUCGGGGGACACUUCCCAAUGGCCCCUUCCUUCCCAGACACUAAUUUUUCCCACACUGACUGUACUUUUCAAAGGCUUGGCCUCCUGAGGGGGCCUCCUUUGCCCCGGUGCCAGGGGACGUUGGGGCCGUGCAGCUGGCUUUCGGGUCCUGUGACUGAGGCAGCGUCGCGGGCGCCGUAGGUCUGACUUACUUGGGGGGUGGGCAGGAUGGGGGCAGAGUGGGGGCUGAGCGGAUGAGAAACUGGAACCCCGGGUGGGUUUCUGAUGCCUGUGGUGAGAAGGAAAACUCCAGGGCCCGAGGAGGGGUGCUGACCACCCAGGUGGGGGUGCUCUGCAGGUGGUGAACAGGUUCCCCCAGGUGGGGUGCAGGAGUGCCAGCACGCCAGGGGGCUUUCAGUGUUGUACCGGGUCCGCAUUCGCGGCCGCAUUUCAGUCCCUUUUGCACAGUUUGAAGACAGGUGACAGGAAGCUGCCUGUGGUGAACAGGUUUCCACCAUUAGUUGGAGGUCGUUCGCACUGAACUCAGUUUCUUUUAGAACGAAAUGCAGUAUAAACCCAAGUAGAACUUUUCUCCCCAGUAGGAAGCACCCACGGACGGGGUAGGGUGACAGCUGUGCAGAGUCACUAGAGUUGAGCUGAGGCAGGACUGGAGGGCAGGUUGCUUGUGUCACGGACGCGGGGGCCUUCCGUUUCAUUUGUUUUAAGCAGAGCCCGUCUGGACUGUUCGUGUCCACAGGCCUUUGCAGGUGGAGACUGAAUAGCGGGCUUGCACCUGCCGUGCCGUGUGCCUGGAAUCGCUGUCCAGGUGGACGCAGCGUUAGCCCCCGGAGCGGACCCGUGGGGACGGCCUGAAAUCAUUAGCACUUACUGGCGGGUCCCCUGGCAGCAUCACUGAUGCCUCUGCUAAGAAAUGCCCCAGUGGUGUCACCCGGGAAGCGGCUGUGGCUUUGGUGGCCAAGCUCCCUGCUGCAGCAGCCCCCCGGGGCUGGCAGUGAAGAGUUCCAGUCCUCACAGCCCAUGCUGGCAGCCCCGUGGGCCCACCCCCUCCGCACUGACCCCCUCUUGGUCCUUGGGGUCCUUCACCCUAGGCCUGUACCACGUGUAAAGCCCAGGGGACCUGUCGUGACCGCUCAGUGCGAGGAGGUGGGAAAUCACGGCUCUGCUUUGGUCACAAGGGCAGCCCUUUGCUGACAAUACUGACAGCCACCCCGGCUUUGGGUUGUGGGGUCCUCUGGCUCGCGGGGUCCUCAAGCGAUGCAGGGGGGUAGGCAGGGAUGGGAAGCCAGGCCUGGUUGUGUCCUGGGGGUCUCCGUGUUCCCCGUCACUUCGAGGAUUCCAGGUGGAGUAAUCAGAGGCCCUGUGUGUCAGAAACCGGCAAGGCUUUUGUUGUUGGCAGGAGAUAGGAGUGACUCCCAAAGAGGUCUCAUCAGGAGGGAAAAGGAGCUUCCUUUGGUUUGCAUUGGGGACCUGACGAGUGCCAUAUGACGUAGCAAAAGGCGGUGUGAACCAGAUCAGUGUUACCGUGACUAUACAAUUGCAGUAUCUCCAUGAGCGCAUCUGUUUGAGGUGCUGACGCCUAUUGGAAGGGUGGGUUGGGAGAAAGGAGGCGUUUCCUCCCUGACCUAAGUCAGUAUGAAUACUGUAUGCUUCUGUUCAAAGCCCAGAUUUGCACAGGUAGAAAUUCUCUCGCUUGUGGAUGGGAGAAGCUGCCCCAGGAAUGUGUGAGGAUGGUCUUCCAUGGAGCCUAACUCUGAAAGAUGCAAUAAUUGGGUAGACAUAGCAGGAUUCAGGAAGACGGGAGGUAGCCUCACCUGAGACCUGCACGUAAGCGAGGAUUAACACGGUUUGCUGCCGCCCUGGAAGAGCCCGCGGCGAAGCCCAGGCCACCCACCGUCAUGGCCUUGCAGACACGGCCCGAGAGAAACAGCCAGGCUCUCCGCAGCGCCCGCCCUGAUGGCCCCUGGGCUCCCUGUCCGCGGAGUCGUUCCCCAAGCCCUUCAUGGGAAACCAGAACACCUCACGUCGUGCUGCAGACGUUGUAGCUCGAUGUCUGCAAGCUGCGUCAGAGCGUGCGGUGCAAACGCAAGUCAGUUACGAAUCCACACAGGGACCCUGAAAUCCUACAGACCAAAAUGCACUCGUCAGCAGGGGCGGUGGCCCAGGGCCCAGCCCCAGGGGUCUUCUGGCUUGUCUGGGGGCUGCCGUGUCGGGCGAGGAGAGCCAGGCCAAGGGUCCAGGCUGCUUUAGUCCAUCCGCGUCCCUCUUGUUUGGGGACAGAUGGUUUUUCUUUAUUGUAAAAUUGUGGACUUUUAAAACCUGUUGACUAAACAGUAAUUAAUUUAUAUUUGUGAAAAAUGCCACUGUCCUAGUGAUUUCUGAUGUAAAUAAUGUUGUUUAUAUAGUAUGUAUUAAAUUUUCCUACAUUGUAAAACUGCUGUACUUUUGAUUCUU